AUGCCCGCCGAAUCGUACGAGACACGAGACCAGCCAUGGAAGAAGUGGUACGCUCCGCUUGACACAGCCAUCGCUACUGCAGCCAUGACUACACAGCCGAUCCACCUCGUCUCGCAAGGAAACAAUGGAUCCGACCAUCUCAAGUUUGCUGUGUUCACCGCGUCCUCUCCUGCUGCCGCUGCUGCGGCAGAGAGGGCCACCAAGGGGGUUGCGGCUACCGAGGUGAAGAACUAG